AGUAUCGCGCACUUCCGCCGCCGUUGCUGCCGCUGCCGCCGCCGCAUCCGGGUCCUGGCGCCGCUCGUUGUCACUAUGGUCAUGGCGGAGGGGACGGCUGUGCUAAGGCGGAACAGACCGGGCACCAAGGCCCAGGAUUUUUACAAUUGGCCUGAUGAGUCUUUUGAAGAAAUGGACAGCACACUGGCUGUUCAGCAGUACAUCCAGCAAAACAUAAGGGCAGACUGUUCGAACAUUGACAAAAUUCUUGAACCUCCAGAAGGACAAGAUGAAGGAGUGUGGAAGUAUGAACACUUGAGGCAGUUCUGUCUUGAGCUGAAUGGCCUGGCAGUUAAGCUUCAGACCGAAUGCCACCCAGAUACCUGCACGCAGAUGACGGCAACUGAACAGUGGAUUUUUCUUUGUGCAGCCCACAAAACCCCGAAAGAGUGUCCUGCCAUUGACUAUACCAGGCACACGCUGGAUGGAGCUGCGUGUCUUCUCAAUAGCAAUAAAUAUUUUCCCAGCAGAGUUAGCAUAAAGGAAUCUUCCGUAGCCAAAUUAGGAUCCGUCUGCCGUAGGAUUUACAGAAUAUUUUCACAUGCGUAUUUUCAUCACCGUCAAAUAUUUGACGAAUAUGAGAAUGAGACCUUCUUGUGUCACCGGUUUACCAAAUUUGUGAUGAAAUACAACUUGAUGUCCAAGGACAACCUGAUUGUCCCCAUUUUAGAAGAGGAGGUGCAGAAUUCAGUUUCUGGUGAAAGUGAGGCAUGAUGGGUAUCGCAGACUCUAACGAACACAUAAUUAACACGAUGUACUGUAUAUAUAUCAUUUUAGAAACUUCAAUCAUUAUCCUUAGAGCUCUGGUUAGUAAACAUUUUGUAUGCUGUGUGCAUUUCCUCUUAAUAUGGGAUAUGGUUUAAGUUAUUCAUGAACUGUAUAUUCUUCAUUGUGGCACUCAUGGUUUUUAAAUAAAAUUAGAAUGAUCUGUUUAUACCGCCUGUUAAUAAAAAGAAUUUACAGUUCUGAAGAAAUUGCUGCUAAACAAUCAUUGGAUCACAAUCUUCAAACGUUGUCCAAUUUCAGUCUAAUAAGUCAAAGCUUCUUGUGCUAAUGAAGUUUGGAAUUUUUAACUUUUAAUUUUUGGUUUGAUAUUUUAAUUAAGGAAAACUGCAAGUCAGUUGAAGUCCAAUUCUGUAUUUUAUAGAAAUUACCCUUUAUCUUACUUCCCAGAUUCUUGCUUUAGGGUGUGCACAAAUGUAGUGCUGAACUAUUGUAGUAUGUGUGUAUCCAAAUAUUCAUUAUUACAGUAUUAAUAUCAAAGGGAUAAUUUUUUAUUAUGUUGCCAAAAGCAUUAUUCUAGUUGUAUUUGUUUCUUUCUGGACUUGCCUUUUUGUCUGGGUGGAGGCCUGUGUCUCUCACAAAAGUUCACCUGUGCAGUCCCGUAAAGGCAGAGAUCCCCUUCCACGGUUUCUCUAUUUGCACCUCUCCGCAGUGGCUAAAACCGACAGGUUUCUCCUCUUGCCUGCAGUGAAGUACUCUGUUGUGUACGCCUGUGCAUCUUUAGAGCAAUGGCUUACAGACUAUACCCCGCAUUAAAUGUUCAUGCAACAUUACCAAGCGGUGCGCGGUAAAAUAAUCUUACUCGUUUGUAGCAGUAGAGCUCCAUAUUCGUAGAAGCUUGAAUGUAUCCACUGCAUCCUGUGCAACUGGAAUCGGACCUGACUUUAUCCACUCCUAAAAAUAACAUUUGCUGUCAUGUUCCCGUUAGUGGGGUUUUGCUCCUUAUUCCCUCCAAUCUAAAUUUGUUUUUGAGUGGCCUGUGCAGGUUGGCAUCAUUGCGAAGGUUUCAUGAGUGCAAAGUAAUGGUGUUUGAAAGGUCUCAGAUCCUACAGUACUAUUUUUGAGAAAGGUUGUCUUAUGCUUUGUUACAUUAGGUAGAUGUGAAUGCUGACACCUGAAAGCAUUACCAAUCUUUGUAUGUUCAAAUGGGACUUGCCAAGGUGUCUUAACUCUUUGAAGUUGGUGGCUGGGCCUUUCAUAUUAAAAGACAUUAGCCAGUUCCCCCUUUUCUAUCUUUCAGAGUAGAUAUAGGUUGGCCUUAACGGGACAAAGCUGGUUUUACUUGGUUUUGUUUCCUUAUAGGUUUACUCCAUGAGCCGGGAAUAAAGGAAUUUAAUUUAUUUGUCAUAGUCCUACUUCUUUUUCAGACGACAGAGGGGACAUGCCUUAAUUGCAUAUAAGGGAUCACAGACUGGCACAGCUUUAGCAACUUUGCUACCUUGACAUAAGAAGCUGGGAAACUGAAGACUCGGGGUCACAAAGAGUUGUGGCGCCAGCCCGCUGACUUGAAUGGGGCAGGGCUGGUGGGCAUUGCUUGUGGGGCUGACCCACGAGUUCUUCAGGUUGUUUCCCAGUUGUCCCCUCUUGGUGGCUCUUGUGUGUUUUGAAACGGUCUUAAUGGUCAACAGGGUCAUCACACUGGAUAUGUUCUUCUUAGCAACAGCAGGUUGCUCCUAUGUCUGUGCUCAGCUGAGGCUGACCUUGGCCGAUGCGGCUUUGGUUAGGACUCGGAAGCGCAUGGCUGAGGAAUUGUGUUUCGGAGGCAGUAGGACACGUUUGGCGCUACUCCAGUUGGCUGUUCCAGUGCCAUCUCCUCCCAGGUGGAACAAGUUGAUCAGGGAAAGGGAUGGCUCCCUGAACCACGUCUGUGAAAAUGUGGAGUGCUUGACCCAGCAGUGAAGUGGCAAACCCACACUCCGUUUCCUGCUAAAUGCCUCCAAAGUGGUUGGUCUUGUCCUUAGAUAAUAAUUCCCAUUCUGCUGCACUGUAAAACUUGACUCCCUGUAAUCCAAGUUCAGUGAACGGCCCCAAUGGGACACUGCUUGUGACGUUUUCCUUAAUGCUGUUGACUUUGAGUACCUCUCAUGAUGUGUGUGCACAUGUGCCUCCUUCAUUCUCUGGAACAUUAGUAAAGCUUUAGUGGACUUUGUAUGGUAAAUAUAUUGAAGGUUUAAAUUGCAUCUUGUGUUACAGAGAAACUGAGACAUGUUGGUCUUUUGAAUUACAACUGUACAAAGCAGAGGUUGCAAUUAAAUUCUUUCUUUUUCCAGACCA